AUGGAGAAAGCAAUAUGUCAGUUGGCAGUUGUUUCUGUGGCACAUAAGAAUGUUAUGCUUAGUGAUUUAUUUAACAUGCUUGUUACUAUUGUGAAUUUGGUUGGUGCAUCAUGUAAACAUGUAGAUACUUUUCGAACAAGUUAUCAUUUUGAAAUUCUGGAGAGGCUUAAUAUUGAGAAACUUUUUGGUAGAACUGAUGUUCUUGAGAAUAUAUCAGAAGACGACAUAAGUUUAGAGCAAAAAUCAAUGGACGUAAGACAGAUGGACACAAUGCAAGAUUUUCAAUUUGUGUUCAGUCUUUAUUUUAUGUUUGAAAUUCUUGCAAUUACAGACGAUUUUUCACAAGCCUUCCAGAAAAAGCAUCAGGAUAUUCAGAAUGCUAUGAGGUUAUUGAAGUUGUAUAAGUACACAUUGCAGAACAUGAGAGACAAUGGUUGGUUUACUUUGUUGAGUAAGAUAAUUGAGUUUUGUGUUGAUAGACAUAUUUCAAUGACCAAUAUGGAUGAUAUUGUAGUAUUGAAAGGUCGACCUAGGGGUUUAACUCAGCAGGUGACUUAUUAUCAUCGCUUUUAUGUUGAUUUAUAUUGUUAUGUGAUAGAUUCAAUCUUGCAAGAGUUGAAUGAUCAUUUAAUCAAGAAUGAUCUGCGCAACAAAAUGGGAGAUGAAUUGUUGAAUGACAAUUUGGUGAUUUACGUGGAGAAAGAUCUUUUCAUUAAACUUGAGAAUGAGGCAAUAUUGCAACGUUAUCAAAAUAUGAGGCCUUGA